AUGGAUAUUUUUGACGACGAUGAAGAUAUGUUUGGAAAUGAUGCAGAAAUAUUAGAGAUUGUUGAUUAUGGAUUUCCUAAACGGAUCACUCUACGGCGCAAUCAUUUUGAAGAUUUGGAUAACCUUACAUUUUUUCAACGAUUUCGUUUAACAACGAAUACUGUUUUAAACAUUUUACCACUAAUUGAAGAAAAGCUUGAAUAUCCUACAGACAUUGUAAUCAAAUUUCCUUUAACAUUUCAGGGUAGUUUACAAACAGGAAUUGUUCGUACAAAUUGCGUCGAUUGUUUAGAUAGAACAAAUACCGCUCAAUUUGCAAUUGGGAAAUGUGUUUUGGGUUACCAAUUAUGUGCAUUAGGAGUUCUCGACAAUGCGAAAUUAGAGUUUGACACUGAUUGUGUUCGAAUGCUUGAGAGUCUUUAUGAGGAUCACGGCGAUACUUUAGCCUUACAAUACGGAGGUUCACAAUUGGUCCAUCGUGUUAAAACUUAUCGAAAAACAUCACCUUGGACAUCUCAAGGAAACGAUAUCAUGCAAACUUUAAGUCGAUAUUAUAGUAACACCUUUUCAGACGCCGAAAAACAAAACACAAUUAAUUUAUUUUUGGGUGUUUUUAUCCCCGAUGAAACUAAACCACAAAUUUGGGAUUAUUCUUCCGAUCAUUACUUUCAUCAUAAAAUCAAUUUAAAUAUUGAUAAAUCUUUAACACAAUGGUAUGGAAAUGAUGUGUUAGAGAGUCUACCUUACGCUUAUAACGACUUGGUCAAACCAUGUUCAGAAAUCGUUCAAAUUCACGCUGAAUACGCUGAAAUGAUUGAUGCUUACGCCGAUUUUCAUCGGCCGUAUGAAUUGACAGUUCUAAACGAGACAUUUUCUUAUAAAAUUUCAAACACAAUAAGAGAUUUUAUGCCAAAUAACACGACAAAUUCAUCUCCAUUUACCGUACGAAUUAGGCCAGGUCGUCGAAGGGAGGAAAGUUCGAAUAAAAAUUCAAUGAAAAAUCCGUCUUUAACUGGACAAAGUUCAACAAGUUCAACUACUUCUAGCAAUAGUACCUCCAGUUCCGGGAGUGAUACAAAUUCUUCGGAUGAAGAAAGUGUUAGUGUGAAUACAAAUGAAUCGCAAAUGACGAUAUCAAGGAAUAGUGAGAAUAAUAAUCAAAUUACGUUUCAAUCGUUGUUUCCAUCUAUGGAGCAGACUUAUGGGUAUGAAUUGAAAGAACCAAGUUCGAGGGAUGUUUUAUUGUAUAAAAAGUACGUAUUAAUCGGCGGAAAAGCUAAUGGGAGUAUAAAAGGAAAAUUCGCGACCACCAUAGAAUUCGACACCCCCAAAUUAAGUGAGGAUUCAAUAUUUUCCGUUGAUAUAUUUAAGACUCCUAAAGAAAGUUUAAGUAUUUAUGAAGAUUACGUUAAAAGUGGUAUAAAAGGAGCUGCUGCACCUUCAAAGAAAGAUAUGGAUAUUUAUAACUCAUAUUUAUCAUACAAAUAAUUAUCUUGUUACAAUAUAAUGUAAGCAAAUAAAUUUAUAUAGACGAUUUUAAAUUAAA